AUGGCUCCUCAACGUGUUCUGCUGCUCGGCUCGGGCUUCGUUGCCAGACCUACGCUGGAUGUCCUGAGUGACGCCGGCGUUGAGGUCACUGUGGCCUGCAGAGGUCUUGACAGCGCCAAGAAGCUCUCGGAGGGUGUUAAGCUCGCAAAGGCUAUCUCUCUCGAUGUCACUGACCCCGCUGCUCUGGAUGCUGCUGUCGCCCAGCAUGAUCUUGUUAUCAGCUUGAUCCCGUACAUUUUCCAUGCCGAUGUAAUCAAGUCCGCCAUUCGCAACAAGAAGAAUGUCGUGACCACUAGCUACGUCUCCCCUGCUAUGAUGGAGCUUGAUCAGCAGGCUAAGGAUGCGGGCAUCACUGUCAUGAACGAGAUUGGUCUCGACCCUGGUAUCGACCACCUGUAUGCCAUUUCUACCAUUGAGAACGUCCACAAGGCUGGUGGAAAGAUCAAGUCUUUCCUCUCAUACUGUGGUGGACUGCCCGCCCCGGAAGAUUCUGGCAACCCAUUGGGAUACAAGUUCUCUUGGUCCUCCCGCGGUGUCCUUCUCGCUCUGAGAAACUCUGCCAAGUUCUACCAGGGUGGAAAGAUCGUCGAUGUCGCCGGUCCUGACCUGAUGGCUACCGCCAAGCCUUACCACAUUUACCCUGGCUUUGCCUUUGUCGCAUACCCCAACCGUGACUCUACCCCGUACAAGGAGCGCUACCAGAUCCCCGAGGCUGAGACCAUCAUCCGUGGUACCCUGAGAUACCAAGGAUUCCCCGAGUUUGUCAAGGUCCUCGUUGACAUCGGCUUCCUCAGCGACGAGGAGCAGAGCUUCCUGAAGGAGCCCAUUGCCUGGAAGGAAGCCACCCAGAAGAUCCUGGGUGCUACUUCCUCGACCGAGAAGGAUCUCCUGUGGGCAAUCUCAUCCAAGACCGCUUUCAAGGACAACGAUGAGAAGGACAGAAUCGUUGCAGGUCUCAAGUGGCUUGGUAUCUUCUCCGAUGCCAAGAUCACCCCCAAGGGUAACCCCUUGGACACUCUGUGCGCCACUCUUGAGGAGAAGAUGCAAUUUGAGGAGGGUGAGCGUGACCUGGUGAUGCUUCAACACAAGUUCGAAAUCGAGAACAAGGAUGGAAGCCGAGAAACCAGAACUUCUACCCUCUGCGAAUACGGUGCUCCCACCGGGUCCGGUGGUUAUUCGGCAAUGGCCAAGCUGGUCGGCGUUCCUUGCGGAGUCGCUGCCAAGCAAGUCCUCGAUGGUACCAUUUCCGAGAAGGGUAUCCUCGCGCCGAUGAACUCCCGUAUCAACGGACCCCUGAUGAAGGAGCUGAAGGAGAAAUACGGAAUCGCCUGCCAGGAGAAGGUCAUCAACUAG